CAAUGAUUGUCUUUAUACGUCGUAAUAGCAACAUUAUUUUUUAAAUAUCUUUAUUCUAUUAUAUUCGUAGUACAAUUUAACACUUAUCUAGUUAAUGUAAAUAUAUUUUUAAACGUGCAUUUAUAAUUUUACUAAAAUGUUUUAUUGUAAAGUAAAAUUUCCAUCAAGUAAUUUAAAAUUAUAUGAAUAUUUACAGAAACACUUUCAAAGUAGUAUUUCAACAACCCAUAUUACUGAAAACAGAAAUAUAGAUUUAAAAGCUAAACAAAAAGAAAUUAUGUCACGUGGUUUACCUAAGAAAAAACCUAUCGAAGGUGUAAAACAAAUUCUUAUUGUUGCAUCUGGAAAAGGUGGUGUUGGUAAAUCAACAACUUCUGUAAACUUAGCAGCAGCAUUAAAAGUUAUAGAACCUAAAAAAUCAAUUGGUAUAUUGGACGCAGAUGUUUUUGGACCUUCUAUACCAUUAAUGAUGAAUUUACAACAAUCUCCUUUGUUAAAUAAAGACAAUCUUAUGGAACCAUUAAUUAAUUAUGAUAUAAAAUGUAUGUCCAUGGGAUUUUUGAUCGAUGAAAAAUCUCCGGUUGUUUGGAGAGGUCUUAUGGUAAUGAGCGCCUUAGAUAAAUUAUUGCAUCAAGUAGCAUGGGAUCCUUUGGACUGUCUUAUUAUAGACACACCACCUGGGACUGGAGAUACUCAUUUAUCAUUGAUCCAAAAUAUUUUUAUCACUGGGGCAUUAUUAGUAACUACACCACAAAAAGCAGCUUUAGAUAUAACACGGCGAGGUGCUAAGAUGUUUGAAAAAUUAAAUGUACCUGUUUCUGGUAUUGUUGAAAAUAUGAGCUCCAUUUCUUGUCCAAAAUGUAUGACCAAAAUACCUAUUUUUGGUAAUAAAACAGAAACAUUAGCUCGUGAGCUCGGUGUAAAAAUAUUACAAAAGAUUCCUUUGCAUGAAGAUAUUAUGGAUAGUUGUGAUAUUGGAAAACCAAUAGUAUUAUCUGCUCCUAAUAGUGUCCAAGCAGAAUCUUAUAAAAAGCUAGCAAAAAAUGUUAUGAAAUUUUUAAAAGAACAACCACUUAUCGAAAAAUGAUUAACAAAAGCAUCUAAAAUGGACAAAGUUGCUACCAGUAUACAUUCUAGCGUAGAUGCUGAAGUAUUUGAUGUUCCUAUGAAUGUUAUUAUUAGACCAUUUCCUCCAGAUGUUAAUGAAGGGAAAGUUCAAAGUUUGAUAAAUACUUUAAAUAAUCCAGAAACGGAAUCUUUGGUACCACCAAUUGAUAUAUUAUGGAUUAAAGGCAGUGAAGGCGGCGAUUAUUAUUAUUCUUUUGGUGGCUGUCAUCGGUAUACCGCUCAUAAACGGAUUGACAGACCGUUUAUAAAAGCAAAAUUAAUUAAAUCUACUGUAACAGACUUGCGGGCCUAUCUUGGAAAUUCUACUCCUGAUCUGAAAUAGAUAUGACAUAAAAAAUGUAUAUUUUUUCUUUAGCAUAAUAUACACCAGGAUAUGUAAAAACAA